GCGCCAUCUUGUUUGUUUGAGUGGGAAGAGGGGUGGAGGAGAGCUAAUGCUGCUUACCUGCACCACCGCCAUAACGGGAAACCAGCAACCUGAGUGACAGGUUUGGUGCCUCCCCCCUCCCCCUUCCCCUUGCUGUGACAAGGCGUUGGGACAAUGUUCUACGCCCACUUUGUCCUCAGCAAACGUGGGCCACUGGCCAAAAUAUGGCUGGCGGCCCACUGGGACAAGAAGCUGACCAAGGCCCAUGUGUUUGAAUGCAACUUGGAGAGCAGUGUCGAAAGCAUUAUCUCUCCCAAGGUGAAAAUGGCGUUACGUACAUCGGGUCACCUGCUGCUUGGAGUGGUGAGAAUCUACCACAGGAAGGCCAAGUACCUGUUGGCCGACUGUAACGAGGCCUUCAUCAAGAUCAAGAUGGCUUUUAGACCAGGUGUUGUGGAUCUGCCUGAGGAGAACAGAGAAGCAGCCUACAAUGCAAUCACUCUACCUGAGGAAUUCCAUGAUUUUGACCAGCCACUGCCAGACCUAGAUGACAUUGAUGUGGCCCAGCAGUUCACCCUGAACCAGAGCAGAGUGGAGGAGAUCACCAUGAGGGAGGAGGUGGGCAACCUCAGCCUGCUACAGGAGAACGACUUUGCGGACUUUGGGAUGGAUGACAGAGAGAUGAUGCGAGAGGAAAGUGCGUUUGAGGUGGACAUCAUGGGAGCAUCGGCUUCCAACCUGUUGCUGGAGGCUGAGGGUGGAGCUAGCCAGAUGGCUGACAAAUCGAAUCACCUGGAGUACGAUGACCAGUACAAGGAUGACUUUGGAGACAACCCCAUGGAGAGCAAUGAGGGAGGCAUGCUGGUGGACAAGCUGCUUAGUAAUGAGGAUGGAGGGGGCAUCUUUGACGACCCCCCUGCCAUCACAGAAAGUGUGAUGAUGCCUCAGGACCCCGGGGAUGAUGAAGAUGACUUUGAUGCUCUCUCUGCUGGAGCCCCAGAUAGCCCAGACUCUGGCCCAACAGAACCCCUCCCAGUGAUGGCGGACCAGACAGAACAGACCACCCUGGUCCACAACGAGGAGGAGGCUUUUGCCCUGGAGCCCAUUGACAUCACAGUUAAGGAGACCAAGGCGAAGCGUAAGAGAAAGCUGAUAGUGGACAGUGUGAAGGAGUUGGACAGCAAGACUAUCCGGGCCCAGCUCAGUGACUACUCUGACAUCGUCACCACCCUGGACCUUGCUCCUCCCACCAAGAAACUGAUGAUGUGGAAGGAGACGGGAGGAGUGGAGAAGCUGUUCUCGCUCCCUGCACAGCCCCUCUGGAACGCCAGGCUGCUCAAGAUGUUCACGCGGUGUUUAACACCUCUGGUGCCAGAUGAGCUGAGGAAGAGGAGGAAGGGCGGUGAGGCUGACAGUCUGGAUGAGUUCCUUAAGGACCUGGAGAACCCUGAGGUGCCAAGAGAGGAGACCACAGGCCAUCAGCAGAGAGACAUCAUUGACCAGACCAUUGUGGAGGAGCCCAGUGUUCUGCAGGUCUCAGCCAUGGAAGGCAGCAGGACCACCCUGGAUGAGUCAGUCAUGCCCCCUCCAUCCUCUCAGCGUGGCCUCAAACGCAAGGCCCAGGACACAGAGCCAGCCCUGCCUAUGGGUACCCUGGACCAGCAGCAACAGCAGCAGGGAGCUGCGGCCUCUGAUGUGUCCCAGCAGCUGGAGGUGUCUAAUGUGGAACUGCCUCCGGAGGAAACCACCACCAACAUCAGCCAGCUGAUAGAGCUAGACCUGUUGGGGGACAAGAACAAAGAGAAGAAAAAUGGUGACGAAUCAGAUGAGGAGGAGGAAACACAAGGAGGAGACCAGGACCAAGAGGAGAGGAGGUGGAACAAAAGAACCCAACAGAUGCUGCACGGGCUCCAGAGGGUGAUGUCCAAGACAGGUGCCCAGUCAGUCAGUCUGCUGGACCUAUGCAGGAACAACAACAGGAAGCAGGCAGCAGCAAAGUUCUACAGCUUCCUGGUUCUGAAGAAGCAGCAGGCAGUGGAGCUGGAGCAGGAAGAGCCCUACAGUGACAUCAUCGCCACGCCUGGACCACGGUUUCACAUCAUCUAAGGACACAAAACUUACUACACUAGGCCCCAUAUCAGACUUCUCCAAAGAAUGCCUGUUCCCUUCUUUCUUCAUUUGGGCAACACAACACUGGUUCUUUUUUUUUUCUUCUUUGUUUGUGUUCAUUGUUUGGAUAUGAUGUGCAUUUUUAUUUUCUGCUGCCUCAAUGUUUUUUAAAUUCAGUCGGUGAUGGGGAGGGGGGGUGAAGGCUGAAUGCCAUAGAGGGUGGGGUUAUUAUUGUCACUGGACAUUUAUACCCAAUGGAAGCGGCCUUCUGACUCAAACCAAUCUCACUAUUUCAUCACAUUGAACUUUCUCAGGAGAUUUGGUCCAGCUUUCCUUUCAUUGUUGUUUCAUUUUCUGUAUGUUUGUGUUAAAGACCCGCUUGAAAACAAGAUGGUUCAUCUCGAGGGGUUUAUCCUUCUCAUAAUUUCAAUAAAACCUUACGCUUCCGCAUGAGGGUGCCCUGGUGGCUCACCUGUAAUAGCGCGUACCACAUAGGGCUGAGUCUUUACUGCAGUGGCCUGGGUUCAGAUCUGGCCCGGGCCCUUUCCUGCAUGUCAUCCUCUCUCUCCCCUGCCUUUCAUAUCUCUCAACUGUCAUUAUCAAAGAGAGGUGGAAAAUGUAAAAAAAUAAAAAUAAAUUAAAAAAAAAUCAUUAAAAAAAACUUGUGCUUCCCAAAAGUUUACAGGACCAAUAAUUUUGGAGACAGUUCCAAAAGGGUGACAAAGUUAAGAUGUGAAGCAACACGGUGGUAUACAAUGUCAGCAGAUAGUCAUUAAUCAAAGUCAUACGCAGUAUGAUUUUCAUGACAAUACUUGACACAAUUAGACAUCGUGUAUUGGCUCAGUAUUGUGUGGGUCUUGAUAGGCUUCCUCAACACAACUGCCAUUGUUUACUACCACCAUUGCAUAUCCACUGCGUCACUCAGCCCAGUCUCGAGAAAGAUCAAUGUAAUCAGUUGCAAGAUUGGUCUGGCUCGCAAGGCUAAAAAUGGAUGUUGUGACUCAUUAUAAAUAAGCAGCCAUGGUGCUAAUGUUCAUCGCUUCAGGGAAUAUGUUUUCAUUUUCCGUGUUAGCCAAAGGAGCGUGUAGCACAUCUCUAGAACCCACAACAUUAACUAAAUGCUGAGGUUGCCCCUUGCAAAAUCCACCAGCAAUUUCUGUGUUAUUGUAGUGUAGCCACAUCCUGCAUUCCAAUCAGCAAGUUCUCAAUUCUGUUUACAAUUUUUGAAACUCCUUAUCAUUAACUGUCUUUACACCUCAAGAAUCAGAUUACCUAUCAAAUGGGCCGAUAGUUGGAUCUACCUGUAUAUUGUGAAAAUUCUAGUAGUCUACCAUAGUUGCAUGCUCUGGUUCAAAGUAUUUUUUUUUUCUUUUAACAGUCGUGUUUUACUUUUGGAAUUCUGUUGCUCUUAAACCAAGUUUUUAUCAGUGUCAAACCUUCUGUCCAAUGCAGAUGCGUAGUGGCUUGGUUAUAACUGGACAUCAUGCUGUGUCCUGAGAGUUAACAGAUUUUGUGUCGCCCCACAGGUCAACCCAGUGUAAAUUAAGUAGCUACAUUUUUGAGUGUAAAAGAACGUGUUCCAUAUGUAUUGACUGUAGUUGCAUCUAAUGGUUAUAAUGAAUAUUCAGUAUUCAGUGGAUGUUUAUAAUUCAUUUGAUUAAAGAAUAAGAUGCAUUUUUAUUAUGUAAAAAAAGUCACCACUGUAUCAGGUCAAGUCUAAAAGCACAUAUUCAUUGUAUGCAUUGUUUGGACUCUAAACUCAUUUAAACAUAAAAGUCUCAAUAGAAUUAAUACAGCAUUAUUGAAAAAGUCAGUGGGGAGAGUAACAAUUGACUCCAACCCUUUCUAGCUAUGCCCAUUCUCAAUAUUUUGCGAAGACGGAUGAAUGCAUUGUUUUUUAUACCCACUCCUUUUGACGCUGUACAUCCUGUAAUGUUUCAGUUCAUCUAGUUCAAACUUAUUUUGUAUAAAACCCAGGUAUAAAUCUUGUAGAUAGAAAAGAGAUGUAUGUCAGAAGUGUUAAAAUCACAUGCUUGUAGUCUUGAGCCCCAGUUACUGUUAAUGUAAUUUUUUUAAUAAAACGUCUCA